CGUUUAAUAUGACAGAGUCAAGUUUAAGGAGACAAUGAAGAGGAGAGGCAAGGUCUUAAUUUUGCUGGUGAUUGUUGGAAUUCUUUAUUCAUUUUUUCGUGUCUCAUUGAACGUGCAAAAUGUGGUUCCAGUAAAAUCCUAUCUGAUGAAUUUCACAGACCGACAUGAGGAAAGAAACAUAUUCACGUUUUUAACUCAUCCCAAACGGAGAUGUUUGCAAGAUUGUGUAAAUGGUACUAUUAUCAUGGUUUUAAGCAAAUCGUCACACAUAAUGCAAAGGCGAAACAUCCGAAAGACCUGGGGAAACCUUGAAACACAAAUCAAAUAUAAUUUAUGUGUGAAGUUUCUUGUUGGAUAUGAACGAUCCGUCACUCUAAGAACAGAAAUAGAUGAAUUCGGGGAUACUAUUCAAGUGGAUAUUUUGGAAAGCUACUACAAUUUAACGAAGAAGACCAUAGCAGCUUUUCAAUGGGUAACACAGUUUUGUAAUGAAACAAGAUUUUUUUUCAAAGUCGAUGAUGAUGCGUUUGUAAAUAUAGCGAAAUUAAAUAAAAUCCAGCAGAAAUAUAACCUGCUUUUAGAAGAUCGCAUCUUAGGAGCAUGCACUCAGUAUAAUUUGCCAUGGAGAGAGGAAUCUAAGUGGAAGGUUUCUUAUGAAGAAUAUCCAUUUGAAACAUACCCGCCAUUUUGUUUUGGUCCAGGAUAUUUAAUGACAUCCUCCACUGCACGCAAACUGCACCAGGAAAUGUAUCGGACGAGAUUGUUUAAAUUAGAGGAUGUUUACAUAGGGAUGGUAGCUUAUAGGUUAGGGAUAAUUGUGCAAGAUGUAGAUCACUUCAUUUAUGAUUUCGCAUCCCACCCUUUGCUGAAUCAGAUAUUCAUUGAUUUUUAUAUGCAAUGUUCGGUAAUUAUACAUUAUGUAUCAAAAGAACACAUUGAACAGUUAUGGAAUGAAAGACGUAAACUACAGUGUAAUGUAGGACAAUGUUCUAUCUGGAGAAAAGCUCUUUGCAUAUUUCGAAUGUAGCAGAGUUUACCCACGUUUCUAUAUGACACCAAUAAAACUGAUUAUUUUUUCUUUUAAGGUGCCUUUU